GAGCCGUGACUUGGACGCCGCCGGCUGACGGGGACUAAACCACCACCACCACCUCGCAAGCUCCCGAGCGUCUCUCCUGCGCAAGUCCGUUCUCCCUUCCUCCGUUCCUCCGUUCCUUUCUUAUUCUUUUUCCUUCUCUCCCCUCUUUUCCAUCUCCGUGUUGCUACUGCCGGUUUUGUUUUGUUCCUUCCGAUUCAACCGCAGCCACAAAACACGAAGGUAAUUAGGUUUCGGACACGGGAAGAAAUUAUACGACGGUUAAUCAUAAUCACUGCUGUCCUAAACAGUCCGACGUCAACGGCAGCGCGACCGUCGACUGCCCGCUCUCGUUAUAUUUCGUCCCGUCCGCCACCAAAUCUUGCUAAAAAGCUUCACAUUUUAUAUUGCACGGAUAUUUUUGUGUUUCCGCGUCUACGACGGAGGCCACCGCCCUGCGGCGCUUCCCCUUGCCGAGCUCAACACUGCGUCCGAUCGCCGCUGGAAAGUACCGCGUGGUGGUGGAUCGGUGGAUUGGUCUCCUCCUCUUCCUUCUUUUGUGCCAUCCCCCUCCCGACCCGACCCCUUGCUCCCCGUGAGAUUACGUCCCGCCUCCUCUCUCUUCUCACCUCGAAUAGCCGCCGCCGUCCCCACCCCGAGAAGCUACACGCUGCUGCGCAUUUGGGUUUUCGGCGCCUCGUCCCUCCCGAGGCGCCGAUCAGUGGAAUUUGUCUCGCUCUUGAUUUUGAUCUCCCGUUCAGGGUAUUCGAUUGUGGUUCGGAUUUGGUUUUCUGUUCUCCUAUCCACGGUGUUUCCGGUGGUGCUCUCCGUGGCUUUUAGUGCCAUUUAAGAUAGAUAGGUGGGAGAUAUCUUUCUCCUAUCAUCUGGGUGGAUCCGUCUUUCUUGAUUGUAGUGCGUUCGUUCUCAUCGUCGUUUGUAAUAGGGCUUUGAGGUAAUUGGGUACUUCGGAAAUCUUUGAUUUCUUUAGGGUUUCAUUUUUGGGCUACAUUGGUUGAUUAUGCUUUGUCAGUGAUCCGAGACGAAGAGUGACCUUUAUCAUUUUUCUCCUUUAUUUAUUUAUUUGUCAGAUUUGUUCCAUCUAUAUCUGGAGAUUAGGGUUGUUUACUUCUGUAUUCUAGAUCUUUGGCGGUUCUUUCAUCUUUGCAUCUCUUCUUGUUGACCGUGUUGUUAAAGCUUCUCUAGUACUGUUAGCAGAAGAGAGUUUUAUCCUUUGAUUCGCUCUCUGAUUGUGGGGCGGGUUGUUCUGAUUAAAUGGGUAGCCCGUCUCCACCUGCUCCAAGGCAGUACGGUAUAACAAAGCCAAUCUCGACUGCUGGACCCACUGAGGCUGAUCUCAAGAGGACAACUGAACUUGAAAAGUUCUUGGUUGAUGCUGGACUCUAUGAGAGCGAGGAGGAAGCUCUCAAGAGAGAGAACGUUUUAGGAGAACUAGGCAAGAUUGUCAAAAGCUGGGUGAAACAGUUAACUCGGCAGAGGGGUUACUCUGAUCAAAUGGUUGAAGAUGCAAGUGCAGUAAUUUUCACAUUUGGAUCUUAUCGCUUGGGGGUUCAUGGACCGGGGGCUGACAUUGAUACUUUGUGUGUUGGACCUUCCUAUGUUAGCCGAGAGGAGGACUUUUUCAUUACUUUGCAUGAUAUUUUGGCUGAAAUUGAUGAAGUUUCUGAACUUCAGCCAGUGCCUGAUGCCCAUGUUCCUGUUAUGAAAUUUAAAUUUGAUGGAAUAUCUAUCGAUCUUCUUUAUGCCAGUAUAUCACAACUAGUUGUUCCUGAGGAUUUGGACAUCUCCCAUGUAUCUGUGCUUUACAAUGUUGAUGAGGCAACUGUUAGAAGUCUUAAUGGCUGCAGAGUAGCGGACCAAAUUAUACGGCUGGUGCCAAAUAUUGAGAAUUUUCGAACAACUCUCAGAUGCUUGAAGCUCUGGGCUAAGAAGCGUGGAGUUUAUUCAAAUGUGAUUGGAUUUCUUGGGGGUGUCAAUUGGGCUAUCUUGGUUGCUUGUGUCUGCCAGCUUUAUCCUAAUGCUGUGCCAAGUACGCUAGUAUCACGAUUUUUCAGAGUUUAUACCCAGUGGCGCUGGCCAAAUCCAGUAAGGUUGUGUGAUAUUGAGGAAGCUGAACUUGGGUUCCCUGUAUGGGAUAGCCGUAAGAACCCACGAGAUCGAACUCACCAUAUGCCUAUUAUUACUCCUGCAUAUCCAUGCAUGAACUCUAGCUAUAAUGUAUCAACAAGCACACUAAGGGUUAUGACGGAACAAUUUCAAAUUGGCAACAAUAUCUGUGAGGAUAUUGAGUUGAACAAGACUGGUUGGGGUGCUCUGUUUGAGCCUCACCCUUUCUUUGAGACAUAUAAAAACUAUCUCCAGGUUGACAUUGUUGCUGCUGAUGCUGAGGAUCUAAGGUCAUGGAAGGGAUGGGUGGAAUCUCGUCUGAGGCAGUUGACUCUGAAGAUUGAGAGGGACACAUGCGGCAUACUGCAGUGCCAUCCAUAUCCCAAUGAGUAUGUAGAUCCUUUUAAACAGUUUUCACAUUGUGUUUUCUUUAUGGGCUUGCAAAGGACACAGGGGAUGAAGAUACAAGAAGGUCAGCGAUUUGACAUACGCGGAACUGUCGAAGAGUUCAAGGGUGAUGUGGAGUCGUACUUGUUCUGGAAACCUGGAAUGGAAAUUCAUGUUACUCAUGUUCGCAGAAAGCAAAUACCCUCUUAUGUGUUUCCAGAAGGAUAUAAGAGACCUCGUCCAUCGAGGCCCGUCUGCCAGCAGCUGACUGACAAAACUUCUGGUGAAGAUAUUCGGGAGCAAUGUGGAGGAUCCUUGGAGCGAAACUGUAAGAGGAAAAUUGAUGCUGAUUGCUUGGAUGAUAAACCGAAUAAACCUGAGAAACAUACAUUAAUCAGUCCAAAUCAGGAGAAUAUAUCAAUUUCUGAUCAACAAGAUCAAGCUGGUAUAAAUAAUGAUCAGAAAGAUGGGAAAGAAGAAGAACGUCAUUGUAAGAGGAAAAUUGAUUGCUUGGGGGCUAAACCAAAUAAACCUGAAAAACAUGCAUCAGUCAAUGCAAGUCGGCAGAAAAUCUCAACUCCUGAUCAACAAGAUCAAGCAGGUAUAGAUGAGAAACAGAAAGAGUCGGAAAAAGAUAACCAAGUCUUUAAGCGAGUCGACAAUGAUUCUAUUAGCCCAAGCAGACAGCCACAGUUCUCUUCUGUCACCAGUAGCAUAUCAGUUAGGAGUACCGCAGAUGGUGUUGUUGAAACAUCUAGUGGAAGUGAUGCUAGGCAGUUGGCAAAUGAGACAUUAUAUCUGGAGUGUGGCGGGGAUUCAGCGGGAGACCUGUUCUGCAAUUCAGAGUCCAUCGAGGAGGUGGUUCUGCAGCAGUUUGCUGGCAGUACAAGUUCCAGUGUGGGUGGCAGCCAAGAACUAUUGCAGGGGACCAGCACAGGGAUGGAUCAAUUGGAGGAUGGAUCAACACAAAAUGCCAAACAUCGCACUUGGAGUGGCCCUUAAAGCUCGUGGAGGGGUGUCAGCUGAUGCUGCUCAAAACCCUUCACAAAGGCAUGUUUCUGUGAACUCGUUUUACCUUGGGGAACUCUAAUGCUCUUUUUCCUUUGUACUUUCCUGCCUCGUAUUGUAUUUCCACCUUCAUGGCAGGUUGAGUCUGACUUCAACAGCAUGAAGUGGCUGAGGAUGCUCAGUCAAUGCAAGCCAUGGAUGAUGCUGCAAAAGAAGCAGCAAUCCGAAUGGCACGAUUUUGUAUAUGGGAAAGCCUUGGUCCGGCAGUUGGCGGGGUAAGUUUCUCCGGAAUUGCUGUUAUCGCAAUGCGAGCAAACUGGAAUAGAAGACGAUGAAACUGGCAGAUAAGUGGAAAACUUUGUUGCAAGAUGUGUUAUAGUCAUGGAUGAUCUAGCAGAUGAUUUAACCUAAAAAAUCUUCUAGAUGGAUUAUCUCCAGUUUUAGGGACCUUACUCUAGCCUUUUGGCUACGCCUGCUGUCCGGAAUUGUGUUACAUAAGUUACAUAGUGUCAGACCCUCUGCAAAGGUUCAAUACUUAGGUUUUAGAUUAGGAAAGCUCUCCCAUUUGUUUCAUUCUUUCCCAAGUGUAGUUAACUGUAUAUACUCGAUUGUUUUGUAAAGUAAUAGUUUCAUGAUCAAGUUAAUUCUGUGUUA